AUGUCUACGUCUAGGACGCGGCUGUUCGCUCAUAGAAACGUUCCUUCUGCAGCGGCAUUUCUACAAAGUGCAGGAGGAGUUGCGGUCGGUCCUAUCUUGAAUGCUUCCAAGCUGAAAGCUUUGCUUCUUGCUGACGGUAACUCCGCUCGGAAAUGGAAAGCCUUAGAUCUUUCCAGCAGCAACAUCAGAAAGAUAGAGCUUUCCCUGGGCGAAGUUGCGGCUCUAGAUUUCGAAUGCCUGACCCACCUUGACUUGGAUGGAAACCUGCUAGUCUUGCUAGAUGGCCAUUCGUUACCUUUUCCUCAUCUACAAACGCUGCGGGCCAGCAACUGCCGCAUCAACACCAUCACAAACUUUGGCUCCCACUUUCGACUUCGCCAGCUGGACCUUAGCGGUAACCAGCUAACAAGCAUAAUAAAUCUAUCCAAUACCCCUUUGCGUUUCACACUUCGCGAGCUAAAUUUGGCUAGGAACCAAAUAAGCGAUUUCAAAGGUCUUGCUGCUUUGAGCACAUUCAAAUCCCUCGAGGUCUUGGACUUAAGGCAAAACCCCAUAUGCAAUUUCGGCAACGUUGCUGAAGGGUUUGCGUUGAUUUGCUGCACAACUAUUCGUCAGCUUAACGGUCACACAGUUUCACCAGGAGUGAGGGAAGCAGUAGACACCUGGGCGCGGGAUGAAGCGUGUGGCCGCGCCACCGUGGCAGCUGUGGAGGCUUUCCGGGAAACCCUUCAACAUCCCGACGGUCCUUCGCUGCUUUGCUCAACGAGUCACCCGUCGAUGGUGGGACGCCUCAACAGAAUGCGAAGUGUCAGGGCUGGCCCCGAGUUGCCAUAUGCCAGCACAGCCGAUGCUUCCGUGAAUUCUGUUGCCGAUAGCUGCGAUGCCGUAUAUAUCAAGAGGCACGCGGUGGGGGAAGAGGACUGUCGGUCUGUCCACUCGCGUUCCUGCUUGCAUUCGGACUGUAACCAGGGGUUGCACACUGUCGUGACGCGAGCUGUUUCCACUGCAGUGGAGGCGGCUGCGGAUAUAUCACGGGGAAGCCCCGUCGACGUUACCUGUUCUUCAUCAGACGUGCAGGCAGCGACGGCAAGUUGCGCGACCCAAUCCGAAGACGGUACAGAGAAGGGCCAAGCAUGCACUGUCGGAGACAACGAACAGCGAAGCACGGAGUGCUAUCGCUGUGGCUCACCGGAAACUCGAGACAGCGCUGCUUUGUUACUGGAGCGCAUGAUGGGGAGUGCUAUCGCUGUGGCUCACCGGAAACUCGAGACAGCGCUGCUUUGUUACUGGAGCGCAUGA